AUGGUUCAGAAUAAGAAGAAAGCGGCGGCGGCGACCAAACUCCGCAAGCCGCCGAAGCGCGACGCGGAGAAGAAGCUCGGGAAGAAGGGUGACAUGGCGCAGUUCAGGGCGCACCUGGACUCCCUUGGGCUGAAGAUAGUCGAAGUGACGGCAGAUGGAAACUGCUUCUUCAGGGCUAUGGGUGACCAGCUUGAAGGCAAUGAGGAAGAGCACAUGAAGUACCGAGCUAUGGUUGUGGAAUACAUUGUGAAACACCGUGAGGAGUUUGAGCCAUUUAUCGAGGAUGAAGUUCCGUUUGAGGAAUACUGUGACUCUAUGCUAAAGGAUGGAACUUGGGCUGGCCACAUGGAGCUGCAAGCCGCUUCUCUGCUGACAAGAAGAAAUAUAUGCAUUCACAUGCUUAACUCACCACGUUGGUACAUAAACAACUUUUCUGGCCGUGAAGCUAGUAACAUGGUUCACUUGUCUUAUCAUCAUGGUGAGCACUACAACAGUGUCAGGCUGAGAGAAGAUCCAUGUCAAGGUCCUGCAAUGCCAGUUGUCAUCAAGACUGAUGCCAAUAUAUCCAACAUAAACAAUAACACUCAAACAAAAGCAAAGGAGGUGAAGAAAUCUUCACACAGAUCAACCUAUGACCACACAUCAGUUAAAUUGGUCAUGGCUGGAACUGGAUGUUCUGACGUUGCCAUAGCUGAGCAUGUUCUGGGAGAAAUGGAUGGUGAUGUUGAUGCUGCCAUUGAGUACAUGAUAGCGGAGCGACUUGCAGUCAGUACUGAUGAUGCAGAGGUAGACCCUUAUAUGGACUAUGCAUGUAAUGGAGAUGAACUUAUCAAAUGGCAAGAGGAGAACAACAUGAUUGAGCAUAAGGAUGAAGCUAGUUGUUCCAGCAAAGAUGAAACUGUCGAGAAACCAAAAAAUCAGAUGCUGUGCAAUCUAAGAAGGGCCAAAGGCGGGCAAGGGAAAGGCCAGAAAGGGAAGAAACCGAAGAAGAAAGAACAAGCGGAAGCAGCACCUGCCAAGGCCAAGGAGUCUGCAGUUGCGCCAGACCUAGGAGCUCUUUGCAUCUGA